UGACGAAAAAGUCCAUUUAUGUGCACAUUUGUCGAGAGAGAGAGAGAGAGAGAGAGAGAGAGGAGAGGAGAGAGAGGCAAAUACUUGCAGUCUGGAAAAUUUGAGAAAAAUCAGUAGUAUUUUAGAAGAGAGGGUGGAGCAUAUGAUGCAUUGAACCUAAAAACAAGUACUCCCACUAGUCAUAUUAUGACCAAAAAGCACAUUUUGGGAACCCUAAUUUGACAGGGGGUUUGGCUAUGCCACCUGCUAUUACAUUACAUGUCUUUCUCGCCUGAGAGAAACAACCACCACCACCAGCAGCCGCCGCCGCUGUCCAAGAAACGCCUGAGCUGGCGUGACGUCUGGUUAAAUGACCAACAAGCCCUAACCCAUGCCGCCCUUAAAAUGCGCCUCCACUCCCCCCUCUCCUCAACCCCGCCCUCAGACCCCGACGAAACCCUAACCCUAGAUAACCCUAAUAUCCCUUAUACACCCGACCCCUUCUCUCUCCUCUCCGACGAGCUACUCCUCUCGAUCCUCUCCAAGCUUCCGGCCUCCCAACACGUGACCAACUCCGCCGUCAACAAGCGCUGGCUGAAACUCAACGGCCGUUUUGUCCAAUCCAUCAAGCUUCUCGAUUGGGAGUUUCUCGAAUCAGGUCGGUUAACUUACCGUUUCCCCAAUUUAACUGAUAUCGAUCUAGUUCGAGCUUGUGUUCGCUCGUCUCGUAACUCGGGGAUAGUUUUCACGCAUAGCUUCGUGUCAUUCCACCUCGAUUCGAGCUCGUUGGAGGGAAGCGGCGGGUUUCUAGGGAAACAUAAUUUAUUGCACUCGAGGGAGAUAGAUAGAGGGGUUCGGAUUUUAUCCGAGGGUUGUCGGAAUUUGAGAAGGGUAGUUGUUAUAAGCCCGGGCGAAGAGACGCUUUUGUGCGUUGCGGAGGAGUGCUUGACUCUGCAAGAAUUAGAGCUGCAUUGUUGCGCCGACUUGUCGUUGAGAGGGAUUUCCGGGUGCAGGAAUUUACAGAUAUUGAAAUUGAUUGGUUGCGUUGAUGGGUUUUACGAUACGGUGGUUUCGGAUAUUGGGUUGACGAUUGUGGCGCAAGGGUGUAAGCGGUUGGUGAAGCUUGAGCUGGUGGGUUGUGAGGGGAGCUACGAUGGGAUCAAAGCGAUUGGGCAGUGCUGCCAAAUGCUCGAGGAGCUGACCUUGUGUGACCAUAGGAUGGAGGGUGGGUGGUUAGCAGCGCUUUCAUACUGUACGAAUUUGAAGACUUUGAGACUUCAGGGUUGUAAGAAUGUUGAUACAAGUCCUGGGGAUGAUGAGCAUUUGGGUUCUUGCCCUGCCCUUGAAGAAUUACAUUUGCAGCAGUGUCACUUGCGUGAUAAGCAGGGAGUGAGAGCAUUGUUUCUAGUCUGUGGGGCUGUUAGGGAGCUUGUAUUCAAGGACUGUUGGGGAUUAGAGGACAGCGCGUUUGGCAUUGCAAGUAUUUGUAGGGGUGUGAAGUCUGUAUCUCUAGAAGGAUGCUCGUUACUGACAAUGGAAGGUUUAGAUGCUGUAGUUAUUUCGUGGAAAGAGCUUAAGAGGCUUAGAGUAGUGUCGUGUAACAAUAUAAAGGACAGUGAAAUCACUCCAGCCCUGGCAUCCUUGUUUUCUACACUUAAAGGGUUCAAGUGGCAACCAGAUUCCAGAUCACUUCUCUCAUCUGGUCUUGCAGGGACUGGAAUGGGCAAGAAAGGCGGUAGAGCUUUCAAGAGGGUGUGAAACCUGAACUUGUUACUCUUUAUCUGAGGACCCGAGCUUGUGCUGAGUGGACUUUUUGGCUAUUUGGCAGCUGGAAUUAGUUGUGGCUUGACGUUCUUACAGGCAUGUUCUCAAUAUGCUGCAAGUAUUGUUGUCUGUUUGAAUGUUACCUGUCAGAGAAAACGAGGUCGGAGUAAUCCUGAGAAAAUAUGAUGGAGUAGUUUUUUUGCUUCCAGAGGGCCUGCUGAAGGAAGCUAGCCACUCUAGCAUUAACCUUAUGUUUCUUAAUGUACACUGGAUGAUUUGUAUGCCUCAUAUGAAAUGUGUCAAUCCAAACUGAAAGCAGUUAUGUAUUUUACGGAGGCAGUGUUUCUCUGAUAGUUUACAAAGUUAGACGAGUAAAUGAUUCUUCAAAAAUCGAUAGAGUGAAGCUUACCUUAGCUCUUAUUGUUAAUGCAUUUGCAAUAUUGCAUUGUUUCACAACUCAUGUACAAUUACCAAAGGUUAUCCAGAAAAAACCUCACAUACAAGUAUCUUUUUUAGCA